AUGGCUAAUCCAAGCGAAAUUGCCGAGGAAAUCUUGGACCACUGCUUGUCGAUGAUCACCACGGCGAUGCAGCGGGGAGCGCAGUUCACCGCCGCGCAACUGGGAAAUUUCACCGAGGCAGUGGAGAAUACUUACCACCCUGGAGGCUCCCAGGCUGACGGAACAUCAUCCAGAUCAAGCUCACCAGGUACUCAACGUCAUCAGUCAGGUGGACCACGGGUGUUAGGCCGAACGUGCAGGGACAAGCCAGUGGUGGUUGGGUGGCAGGGCAAGGAGGUGGGCACCUGCAGGCUCUCCCUGCAGGCCCUCUCUUACCCCUUCCGCCACAGCCGCAAGCGUUCCCCAAUGCCUAUGGCAAUGAGGGACACAACCCACGGUUGGACCCACUCCCUGUCCAGCCAAACCCGACGGCCCACCAACCAUUGGACACCAACCAACUUGGCUGGGAGCAGAGGCAGCAGCCCAAUGAGGACGCCCUCCUGGCAGCGAAGCUCCAGCAGCUUGAGAUGGAACACAGCCGCCUCCAAGGCUGGCACAUACGUGCCCGUCCGCACUCCAGAGAUGAAGAAGUAUGAAGCGCGGAUUCGACCGCAGACCGCGAAGGCCUCGCCCACCACGACAUCUAGUACGACGUGGUCUCCGGCCCGACAAGCACAGAAGGCGCCCACGGAGGAAGGACAGCCACCAGAGAAACGGCCAGAGCCGCAACCUCAGCGAGACUCUGUUCAGCCUAGCAAGAAAAAGAAGCAAGAACGUGAAGGCGCCCAGCAGCAGAGGAGGAAGAAAGAGAAGGUACCAUCACCAACCAAGCAAGCCACCCCAAAGAGUCAGCCCAAAACGCAGCCGAUCCAGCGGGGCCCGAGCAAGACCGCGACGCAGACCCCAACAGCGCCAAGGGUGCAAGAACAGAGCGCUUCCAAACCCCCGACCAGCGCCGAAGGGGGCAGGUCGUCACCAACAAAGGCCGCCAUGGGAAGGCCUAUCCCCCGGCUGGGAACGGCUGAAGGGGCGGCGGCCCCCUUAGGAGCAGGUCAGGGAAGAUGGAAGGGCGGCAAGAAACGCAAGGGUCAAGCCAGGAAAGCCCGCUUCGCGGAAAAGCGACUCAAGUUCCUGACCAAUAAACUGGACCAACAGAGAAGGCAGCUCCAGGCUGCCUCAAAGCCAAGGCAAGAGACAGCCCCGCAGAGGCAAGGCCAGAGCCAGGAUGGCGACCAGCCGCCGGCGAGGGCGGGUGCCCAUCGGGCUGAGCAGCGGGCGGUGGCAAACGCCCCCCCUGGCGCUCAGGUCGUUGUGUACGAUUAUUCGUCAACAUUCAAUAUCAAUGUACCCGCGGAUGGCGCAUAUGCGUUCGGUCUGGCCUUGGCCCAGACCUACGCAGCUGCUGGCCCCUCCAGGGUGAACCCAUCAUUCACCCAGGGUCCCCAAGUGAAUGAGCUGGCCCCACAGACCCAGGUCGCCCGCUGGUACACCCAGUAAGCGACGCAGGGCGACACGCUGUCACGAGGGGGCCAGGGGUGAGAAAAGAAAUCUCCAUGGGAAACUGCGUUCCCCAUGGAAAUUUCUGGAGGGGCAUAUAAGGUGACUGCCGGCAAGCGUGGCCCGCGUUUCCCGCGCCUGGCUGGCUUCAACGCCAUCUAGCGAGCCAGACGUGGGAAACGCACCGUGUGCAAACCAAGCAGCGACGCUAGCCGGCCAAGUGCAUCGUGUUGUCAAUAAAAGUGCCGAUUAGAUCCCGAAAUGAGUGAUUUGACGCCGCAGAUGAAAUCUCAGCUACAGGUAGGGAUUCAAUUCGUGACAAGACACCCCGCGCACCCCCUGUCAUCACCCAAAAACCCCCCAAAACGGCCCCAAAGUGCGGCGGCGUCGGCCACAUGGCGCGCGGUGCGGCCAAGCCCGCGUGAAAUUUGUUUAUUUUUUGAGACUCAGCGGCAAAUCGCUGACAUAUUAUUUGAGUUUUGAUUAAAUAUCGAGCAAAUAACUGUGUGAUGCGAGUCUGGGCUCCCCAAAAGAGCCCAGAACUCGUAUUUUCAGCCCUAAGUACAAAGCGUCCAAAAUGGCGCGGAAUGGUUAGGCAGGGCGCCAUCUGACGGCCCCCCCAGCCCCGCGGCCCGCUCGCCGGCGUGGGCCGGCGGUUGAUUUACGAUGUACUUUACAUUUAUGUUUAUUUUGUCGGCAUAAUUUCAGUUAAUUGAUGUUAAUUUAUGUAAUUCCGUCUGACUCUGCCCCUUACCUCCCCACUUCUCCCGAUGCCCUCAACCACAUCGUGGCUGGUCGGGAGAGGUGGGGGCGCUCAGUGCGCGCCCCACCGAAUAGCCAAUGAGAGCGCGGCGCGCGGUUUGAAAUAACCGUUGCGAGAUAGCGUCAUGACGCUUCCGCCGCGUCUCUCUCUUGGCUUCUGGCUGCGAAAGGAGACGGACGUGUGUGUUCCUUCUCGCGGCUAGCGGUGGUUUUUCCCUGAGAAAACGUGAUAAGGCGGGUAUGUAAGGGCAGAGCAGAGUGUGAAUUCGCGGAAAGUAAUUCAGAUUGUGAUUAGAGAGAGUCAAUUGUGAAACAAGAAACCUGAAAGUCUGAGAUAUAGUUCAAAGUUUGUCAAGUAGAGUUAGAGUUUUAAGAGUAAAGCAGUGAGAUCUCAAUUAAGUGUUCAAAUAAAUUGAUUAAAUAUUAAUUCAUUUUUGCUCAGAUUAA